AAGUUUCCUUGUCCAACUUGAGCUUCUGAUUUCUACUAGGAGAGUAGGACCUCUAUAUAAACAUUUCAUGCUUAGUUUAAUCAGAGGUUCAGGAUUUUUAAGGCUUUUAUCUAGAUAUAUAGAGCUGAAGGGAGAUUUUUUUUUUUCUCAAGGGGUUUCAGUUCUCAUAGCUUCUUUUAGAUUAGAUUUGGAUUUGGAAGCUGCUAUGGAUUGUUCAUCUUGGGUCAACACGUCCUUGGAUCUGAACAUUAGACCUCAUCAUCACAUGCUUCAUGAAGAAGUUCCAAAAAAGGAGGUGGAAAGCAAAUUUUUCUCAACUGGGAAGAAAUCUUCUGUAAAAGGAGAGACAAGUGGUGCGUUGGAGGAUGAACUGAAGAGGGUGAGUGCAGAGAACAAGAAGUUGACAGAAAUGCUCACAGAGAUGUGUGAGAAUUACAAUUCUCUUAGAAGACACUUGGCGGAAUACAUGAGAAACAAUCCUCAAAAGGAUCUUCACAACACCAUCCCUUCAAAGAAAAGGAAGCCUGACAGCAGCAGCAACAACAACAACACUAAUAGUAAUCCCGUGGUAAUUAAUGGCACCUCUGAAAGCUGCUCAACUGAUGAAGAAUCAUGCAAGAAACCAAAGGAAGGCUCCAACAAAGCAAAAGUUUCCAAAGCUUAUGUCAGGACUGAAUCAUCUGAUACUAGCCUGAUUGUGAAGGAUGGAUAUCAAUGGAGGAAAUAUGGGCAAAAGGUGACCAGGGAUAACCCUUCUCCAAGAGCAUACUUCAAAUGCUCUUUUGCUCCAAGCUGUCCUGUCAAAAAGAAGGUGCAAAGAAGUGUGGAAGACCAAUCUAUUCUGGUUGCAACAUAUCUAGGUGAGCACAAUCAUCCUCAUCCUUCUCAGAUGGACACCACAACAUCAGGAUCUGGCCGUUUUGUGAACCAAGCUUCAGCUUCCGUACCAUGUUCAUCAGCAUCUCCGACCUCUUCCUCUGCACCGGCAACAAUUACCUUUGACUUGACAAAAGCCAAAUCCAGCAUCAACAACAUGAAUACCACUACCACCUCCACCAAGAACCCUCAAUCGAAAGCUGAUUCGCCGGAAGUCCCUCAGGUUUUGGUGGAACAGAUGGCCUCUUCCUUAACUAAAGAUCCCAAUUUCAGAGCAGCACUUGUUGCUGCCAUUUCGGGAAGAAUGUCCCACAUGAAUUAAAGACCAGUGGAAUUCCAAAGUUGCUUACUUCAACUGGACCAUUCUUUAAUCAUGGGGAUCUCUUUGUUGUAAAUACAGACAAAGGAAGACUGGGACAUGUUCCUAUGUUUGAUCCUUAAUGCGGGGAAAAAGAGGGAGCUGAUCAAGCUCACAAGAAAAGCCCAAAUCAGUCACACAGAUCUUGCAAAAGUCUGUCAAUGUGACUGGAACUUUCUGUCUAGCAGUCUCAUCGUCUCGGAAUCCACUUCUGCUACUUUGUAAUCUGCCUUGUUCCAUGUAGUCUUCUUUUCAUUACAUAAAUGAUUAGAAUAGUGAUGCAAAUA